UCGCGUUCGCAUUCGAUGGAACCCCGAAAACUACCUGGCCCAGCCGAAGAUAUCCGAAAGGAAAUUCAGGUAUUAAUACCACAACUUAAGACAGUGGAAGAAGAUGAGAGUGGAAAUAAGAAGUACAGUGGGGAUACACUUUCGGAGCUCAACUGGGAAGGACGUUUAAGAUACUGGUCGAAGCGCACAAAACUAGACCUUCGAGAUACGGCAUACCUUAUACCAAUCCCAAAUGAGAUUGAAGUGAACGGGUGGUUCCUGAAGGACGGGUGGUUCGUACAAGUUAAUAAUAACCCAGUUGUCGGCGCAGGCGCAACUACUUUGGUUAUCACGCCUCGUUGA